UGUGUGUUACAGAGUCUGUGUGUUUAAGGACGUGUUUCUCCUUGCAUUGUUGCAUUUCCUCCCUGCUCUCUGCUCUGUCGUGUUUGGUCCCAGCACCACCAACCCUCUCCAAGAAUGCUCUCCUUCCAGCCGGCGCCGGGUCAGUUCGGCCCAGAGGUCCUGAACCCCGGGCUCAGGGUGUGGAGGGUGGAGAAGAUGAAGGCGGUGCCGCUGGAUGCCUCCGAGGUCGGCGCCUUUUAUAACGGAGACUCCUACCUGGUGCUGCAGAACCGGGGCGAGCAGGGAGCCGACCUCCACAUGUGGAUCGGAGAGAAGUCCUCCCGGGACGAGCAGGUGGCCUGCGCCAUGCUGGCCACCCAGCUGGACAACUUCCUGGGCGGCGACCCCGUCCAGCACAGGCAGGUCCAGGGCUUCGAGAGCCCAGAGUUCAUGGAGCUCUUCCCCAGAGGGGUCAGCUACAAGGAGGGAGGCGUGGAGUCUGGCUUCAGGCAGUCGCAGGACAGCGGGACGGUGCAGAGGCUGUACCAGAUCAAAGGGAAACGCAACAUCCGUGCCAAGGAGGUGGAGCUGUCCUGGAGCAGCUUCAACAAGGGCGACUGCUUCAUCCUUGACCUCGGAGAGACAAUCCUGUCGUGGACCGGAUCGCAGGCCAACAUCUUCGAGAAGCAGAAGGUGCGCGAGAUCGCUUCGCUGAUCCGAGACACCGACCGACACGGAAAGGCCCGCGUCGUGGACACCAGCGAGGGGGAGGAGCCUGAGGAGAUGCUGAAGGUUCUCGGCCCGAUGCCGGCUCUGGCAGAAAGCACGUCGGAGGAGGACAGCAAAGCCGAUGCCUCCAACUCUGCUUCCCUCUACAAGGUAUCUGAUGCCACCGGCGCCAUGACGAUGACCAAGGUGUCAGAGAAGAGCCCGUUUGCCCAGGAGCUGCUGGUCAGGGACGACUGCUUCAUCCUGGACAACGGAGCAAAUGGAAAAAUCUUCGUCUGGAAAGGUCACGGAGCGAAUGCAGACGAGAAGAAUGCUGCCCUGCAAAUGGCGGACAACUUCAUCGAACAAAUGAAAUACCCCAGAAUGAAAACACAGGUGGAGAUUCUGCCUCAGGGGAAGGAAACCAUCAUCUUCAAGCAAUUCUUCAAGAACUGGAACUAAACAAGUCCUGCAAACCCGAAACCAGACAGCAUCAAACACAAAAACCCCUUCUAGUGUUUACAAAGUUAGCAGCUUGUUUUGAAUUUUGGUAGUCAGAGAUGUGAUGCCACUUUUAUAAAAAAAAAACCUAAAACAACAACAGACAUUUUCUGUGGUCAGAGUACGAACAAAUCAAGACAAAAUCAAGAGAACUGGAUUUUUACAUAAAUAUAUAUAUAUUUGUUCAACAGCAUCACAGAUUUGUCUGAAAUCGAAGAAUAAAUCUGAACGUUCUCACUGC